GAGAGAAUGAGUGAGUGAGAGAGAGAGAGAAUGAGUGAGUGAGAAAGAAUGAGUGAGAGAGAGAGAGAGAGAGUUUCUCAAGAGAAGACAAUAUAAAUGAGACCUAUAUUUCAAUCUCUGUAUCUUGAUCCGCUGCACAUUCUCUCCACAGUUCAGAGUUGACAGGCAUCAUGAGUUGCCCUUCAUCUGGUCAGCAGUGUAACAGUAUUUACCCUCCGACCCCUCAGCAGACCGCUGGUACUGUGUGGCCGAGUCAACCCUGCCAACCGUACUGGCCAUGCCAACCUAACCAACCCACCUGGCCCAUGAGCCAACCUACAACGGUACCCGCAACCUGGCCCAUCCAACCUACCCAACCCGGAUGGCCCAAUCCACCAACCACUCCAACAAGUCAACCCAGUCCACCCGUCCAACCAAAUCCACCCAUUCAACCGAGUCCACCAGUCCAACCCAACCCACCAGUCCAACCCAACCUACCUGUGCAACCAGGCUGGCCUGCUCAACUACCCACUCCACCCGGAUACCUACCAUCUCCAGUGCCCCCGACCUGGCAUGGUAAUCCUGGUCAACCUGGUUGGCCCGGUCAAGUCCCAACCGGAGGAGCACAACACCCGUGGCCACCAGCUCCAUCUACUGCUCCUGUUACUGUCCCCUUCAAUAUGAAUUUCCCUCGUGGAAUCUACGACAAGCUAAUGCUAACUAUCAGAGGGCAGGUUAAACCUGAUGCUAAUAUGUUCACAAUCAAUUUCCUGCGUGGUAACGACAUCGCCCUUCACAUUAACCCACGAUUCAACGAAAGAGGGAAAGCGGUUCUGGUGCGCAAUCAUAAACUGGGGGAGCAUUGGGGAAAAGAGGAGCGCGACAUUCUGGCACCGUUUCCAUUCAUGCCCGGACAUCACUUUGAGAUGAAGAUCUUGUGCUCCUUCACUGAGUUCAAGGUGGCCGUCAACAACACACCCAUCUUUGACUUUCAGCAUCGAAUCAAAGAAGUCAACCAGAUCGACCGCAUCAACAUCCUGCAUGACGUCACACUCACAUCCGUCAUUGUGGACACUCUGCCCUGAACCAAUCACAAUCAACCAAUCACACGACAGGACUCCACAGAGCUCAGCAGUGGCUUCAGUAUCUUCAUUCACAUGAUGUUGAUAUUUAAACUUCUGUUGGAACACAAUGAAGAAUAACGAAACGGUUCUUCACUGACAUGCAUUCCCUUCCGUCAUCCACUCAAAAAAUAUUUUUACGAUUUAUGCAUUUCAGUUUCAUAAAUUAAAGAGUAAUCUAAAACAAAAUAAUGUAAAAUAUUUUACAUAUUUCAAGUCAACUAAUUUUGUGUUUUUAUUGUGUUUAUCCAUUGAAUUUGAUGGAAUUUUUUUUAAUGAAAAUAAAAUGCAUAAAUCUUGAAAAUAAGCUUUUUUAUUGUAAUAUAUAAUAAAUGUUAUACAAUAAAGUCUACUGUUGUAACACAGAAACCUCUCAAAAUUGCAAAAAGGUGAAAUUAAGUUUCUUUUGAAAAACAACAGCCUUUUAAAAAGCAUAUAAACCAGUAAAAAUAACACGCUUCUAUAUUAUACACUUAUAAUAAUUACAAAGGCAUAUUUGUUUAUGGUAUGUUGAAGUUAACAUGUGAUGACUAACAUACAUGCUAUACUGUACUAAUGUGUGUGAACGCAGUACUGCGUUGUGUUUUAUGUAAAACAUUAUUUAAAACUAAUGUAGUUGAACCAUAAAUAAAGUCUACAGCUAUUGCCAUUA